GCCAAAAUGAUAUUGGCAGGGUCGAUUUGGCAGAUAGGGAAGGCGCAGUGAAAGGGCCAGCUCAGCACCUCCCAGCCGCAGGUAACACCUCUCGGGCAUCACAUAUGGCUCCUGGUGCCAAAGCACUGGCACACUUUGACGAAGCUCCGGACUUUGGAAGUUUCGGUACCAGCGCUCAAGCGACUCAACUAUCAGAAAACAUUGAGAAUCCAGAGCCCCAUGGGCAACCUUCCACAACUCAGUCACAUGGAAAUGUGGGUCUGCAGAGAACAGACUCUCAAACCUUCAUUGAAGACACGCAGCAAGGGAUUGCUGCAUUGCAAAGUGAUUUGUUUUCUUCCUUUCCGGACGAAUGGCUGUCGUCAGAUCCUAUGGGAAGUUCUCCCAUCUUGGAAAGGCCCUCGAAACGUCUUCGUCUAUCUCCAGGAUCAGAAAUCAACGAGCCAUUUGAUGAUGCUCAGAUGGAUGAAAAUCCCCAGCAUGCAACAACCUCAAACUUCCAGUCUCCGGAGAUGUCCCCGAAACUUCCAGGUAGCAUGAAUUCGCAAAUGCCAAGCUCUCAACUGCCUGAAGAUUAUGGAUUAGGCGACUGGCAAACACCCACAUCAUCCAUGGGAGCACCUAUUUCAAGUCUAAAAUCACAGUCAGAGAAUUAUGUUGACCCAGCCCCAAUGGCCGUACACAAUGUCUUAGCUCCCUCGUCUCCGGAAGAGGCGAUGGAAACGAGGCGCUCAAACUGUGACAGGACAGCAGAAACAACAUUUCUACUCUCGCAGUCAUCGUUACAAGACGAUGCCAACGACGUACAAGACCGAGCCUCGCAAGCGGACCAAGAUGCUUCAACUAGUCUGGUGAAAGACACGAGUGAGAAAAAUAAGGGAGCCUCUGAUGGGUCUGCCUAUCGCAACGAAGGUCCAGCAAAUUACGACUUUGCCUCCCUUCCGAUCAAGCUCUUUUCACCGUCCGCAUCUGUCAGCAAUAAGACAUCUUUCAAUGAGAUGACUGAGUUGCUAGAACAGUAUGUUGAAAAUUUACCUUUGGAAAAGCAUUAUCGCCCGGCAUUUGUGUCCCGGCCCAUAAAUGAUACAGAUCGCGGGUGCUGGAUGUUCGAUACCUCUACCUGGAGAUUGGACAGGCAGUACGAGUUUUGGACUGGAAUGCAAGAAUUGCUUGAAAAGGGUUAUCUUGAAAACGUCUCGUGCCAAAGAAACAUUUCAAACGACAUUGGAUCCGACAGGACAGACGGUAAAGAGGCGGAAGGAUUGGGAAUGGUCUGGCUGUUCUGUUGGGGGCAGGUUGCUCCGCAUAUUUGGCUCGUCAUGCUCGUUCAAAGUCACUUGGAGGUGAGAAAGUCAAAGGCACGCUGGACCGUAGGACCGCCGCCAGAGGACUUGGAGGUGGUCGUACAAAUGCCCUGAUUUGCUACAUUCCUAGUGAAGACGAGACCAAAUCAACCAUGCGGUAAUCUUGUGAGCGCUGAAAAGUAUUAUAUCAUUCUGUACAUACAUGUAGACAGGCUUUUGUAUAUUCGUUCACAAGCAACUUUAAAUCCGCUCCAUGAAACCAGC